UUUAUUACCCAAAAAAACAAGAGUCAUUUCCCACCACCAAAGCAUAUCUCUCUGAGCCAUUGUUCUUCGAUUCGGAGAUCUCCAAGAUCACAUAUUCACGUCUCUCUUUUCCCUCAUAGAAACCCUAAUCACAACCAACUUUCCUCAAAUUUAGGGUUCCGUUCCAAUUUCUUCGAAUUCCACACCCCAUUGUUUCUGCUGAAGAAAUGGUACACCUCAGGCAAGGUAACCUCUUUCCCUUCUAGGGUUUCGCAAUUUCCUUCAAUGGGUGCCCUAACGACCAACCGAAAACGCCGCGACGAGUACUACACCUUGGAUUACAAGCUCCCGUCAUCAUAUUACACGCCCAAUGACGACAACCAGAUCGAUCUACACGUUUCGAAGAAGCCCAGAUUUCAACCCCCCUCGUAUCCGAUUGCAGAAACCAGGGUUUCCUCGAAAAGUGCGGAAACUAGGGUUUCGAGAGUGUUUCGGUACCCCGAGCCAGUUAAUCGGAUCGGGAGGGAAGUUCAUGCUCCUUGUAGGUUUCCAAAGUUAGGCUUUUUGGCGGGUUCGAAUCGUAGUAAUUCGAGGCCUAGCGGAGAGGAGUUUGGGGAUGUAAUUGGGAGUAUACCGAGGUUUGGUUAUAAUUGGGGGAAGAAUCGGGCGCUUGAGGCUGUGAGGUAUUUCCAGAAGGAUAAGGAAGUUGUUCAUAUUGAUGUUGAUGUAGAGAACUAUGAAGAUGAUGCUUUAGAGGACUCGAGCAUUGAGAAGGAUGAGUGGGCGAAGAAUCACGCGAUGAAGAAUUUUGUGUAUAGGAAAAAGGAUAAGGAAGUGAUGGACGUUGAUGUAGAGGACUAUGGAAAUGAUGCUCUGAAGGGCUCGAGCAUUGGGAAGGUUGAUUGGGCAAAGAAUCACGCGGUAGAGAGUUUUGGGUAUAGGAAAACGGAUAAGGAAGUGGUUGAUGUCGAGGAAGAGAAGUGUAGAAGUAAUGUGUCGACAGGCUCAAGCAUUGAGGAAGUUGAAUUUAUGGAAGAUGAAGUGGUUCCGAGUUUGCAAGGAUUGGAUGGCAAAGUUGUGGAGCGUAAUUUUCGACCAUCUUCGUCAUCAGUGGUUUCUGAGUUGACGAAAGUGGAUAAUAAUGCUGCAAUUUCAUUGGAGCAGAAAUUGGAAAAAUUGGAACUUUUGGGGUUGCCAAUGUACAAGAAGUUGCUCCAAAAUGUGGAGCGGCGAAAACCUAAGUUGGAUAGCUUGAGUUUUGAAAUUGAAUUAAAUGAGACGCGCCGUGCUACGCUUCAAUUACUGCGCCCUGUGAAGAGAGUGGAGGAGGAGGACGUGCUUCAAGAUGCUCUUCGUGAACCGUUUUUGCCUCUUACGAAGGAAGAAGAGGCUGAGGUUUCUCGGGCCUUGUCUAAUUCCUAUAGGAGGAGAGUUUUGGUUACUCAUGAAAACUCUAAUAUUGAGAUCACUGGAGAGCUUUUGCAAUGUUUGAGACCGGGUGCAUGGUUGAACGAUGAGGUCAUAAAUAUUUAUCUUGAAUUGCUCAAAGAGAGGGAAAAGAGGCAGCCCAAAAACUUUUUGAAGUGUCACUUCUUCAACACAUUCUUUUACAAGAAGUUAUUCAGUGGGAGGAAAAGCUAUGAUUUUAAAUCAGUACGAAGGUGGACAACUCAAAGGAAACUGGGAUACUGUCUUCGUGAGUGUGAUAAGAUAUUUAUUCCCAUCCACAAAGAAGUUCACUGGUGCUUAGCAGUUAUCAACUUGAAGGAUCAGAAAUUCCAAUAUCUUGAUUCACUCGGAUGUUUUGACACUCAAGUGCUGAAAGUACUGGCUAUGUACUUUGUGGAUGAGGUGAAGGACAAGAGCGGAGACCACAUUGAUACUAGUUCCUGGAAGCAAGAAUUCGUGGAGGACCUUCCCGAACAGGAAAAUGGGUGGGACUGUGGCGUGUUCAUGAUCAAGUAUGCUGACUUCUAUAGUAGAGGUCUAGGACUCCAUUUCAACCAGGAACAUAUGCCCUAUUUUCGUUUGAGGACUGCAAAGGAGAUUUUACGAUUGAAAGCCGAGUGAUGAUUUAAAACUUGAGCACCUGAUGCAUGUGCGUUUCCCUUCAUACGAUUCACUGGCAAAUUGAAUCUGCAUCGAAAGAUCGUCUAGAUUUUGAGUGAACGUGUGUAUAUGCAAAUAUUGAUUGAGGAGGCUUAAAUUCAAUCGAGCUUCUGACGUGCUGGCAUGUGGCAGUUCUAUGAUUAGAGUUGCUCAGUUCUCGAGCUAAGUGAUCAAGACUCGUCAACCCUGGUAAGGUACAAGUGAUGCGUACUUGGGAGGACAUUCACGAUGUUUUGUACCACUUUUAAGCUCGUCGGAACUUAACUUUUUAGGUCCGUGAGGUUGGAAUUAGGAUCCUUCGUGUAAUUCGUUUUGCAUUUCAAUUUUGUUUAUUUUGGCCCCAUACAAAUGGUGAUUUAGCACCUCUUAGUUUAAUUAUUUUAAAGCAGUUUUGCAAUUGCAAGGACAGUCAAUGCCCCGGAAAAAGAGUUGUAAUAUGUUUCUCAAUAGUUCGUGUGGCCAUCAAAUAUUUGAUCAUAUUUGCGAUAUGUUAAGAUCUUCGCAUGA